CAAUUCCGCUGCCACGAAAUUCCUCAUAUCUCCAUCACGCCCCCAAACCGUAAACUGAGAACAAAAAUGGCGACCUCUCUCCGUCGUAUCGGAAUCCACACAACCAAUGCUCACCGAUCACUAAUUCCUCAACUCAUCAAUCGAUUCUCCACAGAUGCUUUAUCUGUCGAGUACAAAGCCGGAGAAAUAAGCACCGUUUCCGGCAUUCCAGAAGAACAUCUUCAACGGAGAGUUAUUAUCUAUUCACCUGCUCGAACAACCUCACAGCAAGGAGCCGGAAAAGUUGGAAAGUGGAAAAUCAAUUUUAUAUCCACACAGAAAUGGGAAAAUCCAUUGAUGGGUUGGACAUCCACUGGGGAUCCAUAUACCAAUGUUGGUGACUCAGCACUUAGUUUCAAAAGCGAAGCAGAUGCAAAAGCGUUUGAAGAAUGGAACUAUACGGUCAAGAAGCACCAGACACCUCUAAUGAACGCAAGGGCCUAUGCAGACAACUUCAAAUGGAAGGGCUCCCUUUCUUUUAAAUAA